CUCGCUCCAUCGGUCUCUUACUUUAAUGGCGGACACGGUGUCUUAAAGAAUCGAUCUUGGGAGCCGGGCGUGGGGGCGAGAGCUUGGAGGUUGCUCCUUCGAGGGAUACUUCGAGUUCCUUGGAGAAAUCUCAUCCUGUUUCGCCUAAUUUCCUUGAUUCCGGUAAAGCCUUACUUCCGCGAGUUUUACACGGGUUUCUUUUGUUUCGGGACAUGGAGCUCUGGUUCGCGGAUAUCAUGGAGGCUUUGGAGCUUUUGAGCCCAGGUUCGUGGAGCAAUGGUGUCAAAUAGCCCUCCUGUUCGGCGCUUCUUUCUGAUUCUUCGGAGACUUUCGGUCUUUUUCUUGAUUUUUUUUUUUUUCUCGCGAAAGGUCGCAUGUUUAAGCCCCAAGAGAUAUAAGCCGCUUCCCGUUGGAGAAUUAGUUCUUGGGUUCUGGCUAAUCCCGAUUGUUUGUGAAGCUUCUCUAAGCUAAGGCUUGUAACAGUGGCUUCCAGGGUUCCGGCCUUGAAGUGUUUGGUCGCAUUCCAGUUUGGAGUUGUUUCUGAGAGCUAUUUCAAGUGAGUGUUGUGGAUAGACCGAGAAAAGUGCGAAUCCUUUUCCGGAUUUUUGAAGAUUGCCAUGCCACUGCCCGACCGAUUAAGCCUUGAAAAAUUGGUGAAGGGAGGAGCUGAUGGAAUCGGCUUCUGCUCUUUGAAUCUGGAGUGGAAGAACCAGUGAUUUAAAUAAUUGAGUUCUUUGUACUCUUCUAGAAAAUUAGCCAUGUAUCACCUCUUUCUCCUUGCAUCAAUUCCUUUGCUUUUUCUCCUUCUAUGCCUUCCCUCUCUGACCAUUGCUGACUUGAAUUCUGAUAAGGAAGCCCUUCUUGCCUUUGCGGUUGCAAUUCCUCAUGGACACAAAUUAAAUUGGAGUUCUAAUACCCCAAUCUGCUCUUCUUGGGUUGGGGUGGCAUGUACACCAGAUCAUAUGCAUGUACAUACCCUUCGUCUACCGGCAGUUGGGCUCAUUGGCCCGAUUCCCGCUAACACACUUGGAAAGCUUGAUGCCCUUGAAGUCUUGAGCCUCCGAUCCAACCGCCUUACUGUACAUCUCCCUCCAGAUGUUGCAUCACUUCCUUCUCUGCACUCUCUUUUCCUUCAGCACAACAAUUUAUCUGGAAUUGUACCUACUGCACUGUCUUCCAACCUCACCUUCCUUGACCUCUCCUAUAAUUCUUUCUCGGGAGAAAUUCCACCAACGAUUCAAAAUCUUACUCAACUUACUGCAUUGUAUGUUGAGAAUAACUCUCUCUUUGGACCCAUCCCCAACCUUCAACUUCCCAAGCUAAGACAUUUGAAUCUGAGCUACAAUAAUCUUAGUGGUGAGAUACCAGCUUCUCUCCGAAAAUUCUCAGUUGAGUCAUUUCUAGGAAAUCCUUUUCUAUGUGGUUCCCCUCUACCACCAUGCCAAGGAGUUGCUCCUUCACCAUCACCAAUGUCACCACCACCAGCAUUCCCAUCAAAGCCCAGAAAAAGCUUUUGGAAAAAAUUAGGUACAGGAGUUAUAGUUGCAAUUGCUGCUGGGGGAGGAAUCCUGCUGUUUCUACUGGUUACUGUACUUCUGGUAUGCCUUUUGAAGAGGAGAGAUAAGGAAGGCAGUCUAGUGUCAAAAGGAAAGGGUCCUGCUGGUGGGAGGAGUGAAAAACCUAAAGAGGAGUACAGCAGCGGGGUUCAAGAAGCUGAGAAGAACAAACUGGUUUUCUUUGAGGGCUGUUCAUAUAAUUUUGACCUUGAAGAUCUACUAAGAGCUUCUGCUGAAGUUCUUGGGAAGGGGAGUUAUGGGACUACAUAUAAAGCUGUUCUUGAAGAUGGUACAACGGUGGUGGUGAAAAGGUUGAAAGAGGUGGUUGUUGGGAAGAGAGAGUUUGAGCAGCAGAUGGAAAUAAUUGGAAGGGUCGGGCAGCACCCAAAUGUUGUGCCACUUCGUGCUUAUUACUAUUCCAAGGAUGAGAAGCUUCUUGUUUAUGACUAUGUUCCUUCUGGCAGCUUCUCUACCCUCUUGCAUGGAAACAAAGGUGCUGGAAGAACUCCAUUGGACUGGGACUCCCGAGUAAAGAUCUCACUAGGAGCUGCACGUGGCAUUGCACAUAUACACACUGAAGGAGGUGGAAAGUUCACCCAUGGCAAUAUCAAAGCUUCUAAUGUCCUCCUUACCCAGGACCUUGAAGCUUGUGUAUCUGACUUCGGCCUUGCUCCUCUUAUGAACAUCCAUGCAACUCCCUCCCGAGUUGUGGUGGGCUACCGUGCACCCGAAGUCAUCGAGACUCGAAAAUCCACUCAGAAAUCUGAUGUCUACAGCUUUGGCGUCCUACUCCUUGAGAUGCUUACUGGAAAAGCUCCACUUCAAUCUCCAGGACGUGAUGAUGUUGUGGAUCUACCAAGAUGGGUCCAGUCUGUUGUCCGAGAAGAGUGGACUGCAGAAGUUUUUGAUGUGGAGCUGAUGAGGUAUCAGAACAUCGAGGAAGAGAUGGUUCAGAUGCUUCAGAUUGCGAUGGCAUGUGUUGCAAGGGCUCCAGAUCAACGUCCCAUAAUGGAGGAUGUGAUUAGAAUGAUUGAGGAGGUCCGGCACUCUGACUCGGAGAACCGGCCGUCAUCAGAGAAGUCCAAGGACUCAAAUGCUCAAACACCAUGAGGGGGACUGAAAAAAAAAAAGGAUUAGCUGUUUAGAAAUUAGUUUCUGGAAGGAAUCUGAUUCAGUUAGUGAGUUCUAUUUGUUGUGCAUCACACUAGCAUGCAUGCAUAGGGAAGUUUGCAUCAAAGGGCAUUCAGAUCCUUGCAUGUAUUCUAUGUGUCAAGUUUAAUGAUUGUUGUAGUGACUGGCAUUCAUUUUUCCACAAUUUGAUUGGUGAUUUUUAUUUAUUCUAUUUUAUCCCUUCGUGUUGAAAGUUAACUUGGUUUCAUUUUUGUAUUUCAAAUAUUUGGAGCCUGUUUA